AUGAACAACCUCACUGGCCAGCUUCCUCCAACAAUGGGCAAUCUCACUCUCUUGUCAUACCUCCGAGCAGCUCUGCUGCACCAACUCCUGCCCAACCCACCUUUGCUGCACAAGCCUAAACGUGACGCCGUAUACUCCAUCCCUCUUACCGUGCAGGUGAAGGAGAUGGCCAGCAAGCACCACCCCAACCUGGUGCGCCUGUUGGGAUUUUGCGUGAACUUUGACCCAGCUACAAGUCUCUUGGAGCAAGUACUCGUGUAUGAGUUCAUGACGAACGGGGACUUGGAGAGCUGGAUUGGACCAGGUGCUCCAAGCCCUCUAUCACUUAAACAACGACUUAACAUCCUGAUUGGAGUAGCAAAAGGGCUGCAGUAUCUUCAUGAUUUUUGCAUUGUGCAUCGCGACAUCAAGCCAGCCAAUAUUCUUCUUGAUGCAAAGAUGCAUCCCAAAAUUGCAGACUUUGGACUGGUGAAACUCACCAAAGGCACCACAAUGGGCACCUCUGUGGCUGCCACUCGAGUGAUGGGAACACCGGGCUAUGUGGACCCUGCCUACUACAAGUCUCACAAGGCCACUCCAGCAGCAGAUGUCUACAGCUUUGGUGUGGUGAUGCUGGUGGUCAUCUCAACACGCAAGGCUGUGCAUGUGAGCGAAGCCAGCCAGAUCAGCCUAAAGCAAUGGGUGAGCCAAAGUUUCUCUAUAAGAAGUAUUGCCAUUCGUGAUGCAAAAAAAAACUUGGACGCACCAGACGACUUGGUGCUGCGCUUGGCUCGCCCCGCCCUCUCCUGCACCGCCAUGCCUGCAGCCUCCCGCCCCUCCAUGAAUCAAAUUCUCGGAGAGCUGGUGAAGUUGAAGCAGGAGGCCUUCAGGCCACAUGGGAGAGGCACAAUAUCUCGCAUAAAAAUGGAAAUUGGAAGUUCCAUUGGUUCCUCAUCCUUCACUGCUGAAAUGGCCCGUGCUGAGCGUGAGGGCAUGCCGAGCACAUGCAUGUAG